UUCCUUCCCUGUGAAGCCGAGCACCGCCGGCAGAGACGGGCGGGCUGUAAGAGGAGGUGUUCUCCGUCACUGAUCCUGGAGACCCUCGUCCUCUCUCUGUGUUUCCCUUAUCUGAAACUUCACCCAUCUCUCUCGCCCCCUCAUUCCAGCAAGGGAAAACAAACCAACACUUGAGAAGAUGCCGGAGGUGAUCUCUGUGCAAGAAUUUAUCUGCGAAACUCUGGAGGACCACAGCUCGCCGACAACCUCCUCCUUCACCACCAAAAUGGCAAACUGCAGGAACACAGUUACUGUACUCGAGGAGAGUUUAGACAAAGACAGGUCUGUACUCCAGAAAAUGAAGAAAGCAGUCAAAGUGAGAUAUACCUCAGGUCAAGAAGACAUUUCCCUUCAGGAAACAUUCAUUAAUGAGUUGGAAAAACUUGUAGCUAAUUUCCAAAGUAGUGAAGAGUCAGUACUGGCUGAAGCUUUCAGUAAAUUUGCAGAGUCUUCCAAAGAACUGCUGACGCCAAUGAAAAACCUGAUGCAGAGUGUGAAUCACAUUGUCUUUUUCCUAAAUUCACUGCUGAAAGGAGAACUAAAAGGAGUUAAGGGGGAUUUAAAGAAGCCCUUUGAAAAAGCUUGGAAAGAUUAUGAAAGCAAAUUUACUAAAAUUGAAAAAGAGAAAAGGGAACUUGCAAAGCAGUACGGAAUGGUACGAAUUGAAGUGACUGGAGGUGAAAUAGCAGAGGAGAUGGAAAAGGAACGGAGGAUGUUUCAACUGCAGAUGUGUGAGUAUCUGAUCAAAGUAAAUGAGAUAAAGACAAAGAAAGGAGUGGACUUGCUACAAAAUCUCACCAAGUAUUAUCAUGCACAGUUCAUUUUCUUUCAGGAAGGCUUGAAAACAGCUGAGAAGAUAAAGCAUUAUGUUGAAAUGCUUACUGCAGAUUUACAGAAUAUCAAGCAGAACCAGGAUGAAGAAAAGAAGCAGCUCUGCAGCCUUCGUGAUCAGCUCAAACCAACGUUACAGUUGGACCACAAGGAGGAUUCUGUGAGUCGCCAGUCCGUUUACAGCAUGCACCAACUCCAGGGCAAUAAGCAAUAUGGCACUGAGAAAACUGGAAUCCUGUAUAAGAAAAGUGAUGGGUUGAGGAAAGUUUGGCAGAAGAGGAAAUGCAUCGUAAAGAACUGUUACCUGACCAUUCCACAUGGAACACCCAACCGACAGCCAGCGAAGCUCAACCUGCUAACCUGUCAAGUGAAACCCAGUUUGGAAGAUAAAAAGUGCUUUGAUCUUAUUUCACAUAACCGCACAUAUCAUUUCCUAGCAGAUGAUGAGCAGGAUUGCAUGGCGUGGAUCUCAGUUCUAACGAAUUGCAAGCAAGAAGCUCUAAACGUGGCUUUUCGUGAACACCACAGUGAUGCUGAAAACAGUAUUGAAGAUCUGACUAAAGCCAUCAUUGAAGAUGUCCAGCAUAUGCCAGGGAAUAACGAGUGCUGUGACUGUGGGGCAGCAGGUCCAACUUGGCUUUCUACAAAUCUUGGAAUAUUGAUAUGUAUAGAAUGUUCUGGAAUUCACCGAGAGAUGGGUGUACAUUAUUCUCGGAUACAAUCCCUGUCACUAGACAAGCUUGGGACUUCUGAACUCUUGGUUGUAAAAAAUGUUGGAAACUCCAGAUUUAAUGAACUUAUGGAGGCUACUCUCCCAAAUUUAUCAGUUAAACCAACAACUGACAGUCCCAUGGCAAUGCGGAAAGAUUACAUCAUAUCAAAAUACAUAGAUCGUCAAUAUGCAAAAAAGAACAAUAGUACUUCUGUGACAAAGUUGAAUAAUUUGUAUACUGCUGUAAAAUGCAAGGAUAUAUUUGCAUUGAUACAGGCCUAUGCUGAAAAAGUCAACCUUAGUGAAUCACUGCCAUCUUAUGCAGAGGAAACAGGAGAGACUGCUCUUCACCUUGCUGUACAGCUUGCUGAUCUCACCUCCCUACACAUUGUGGACUUUCUUGUGCAAAACUGUGGGAACCUUAGCAAGCAAACCAUUAAAGGAAAUACAGCUGUUCAUUACUCCUGUAUAUUCAAUAAACCAGAAUGCCUCAAACUACUCCUGAGAGCCAAGACCAAUACAACUAUUUUAAAUGAAGAUGGAGAAACAGCUAUGGACAUAGCUCAUAGACUGAAACACCAAUACUGUGAAGAACUGCUGACUCAGGCAAAACUAAACCGGUUUAAUCUCCAUACUAAUGUGGAGUAUGAGUGGCGACUGGGACAGGAUGAUGAUUAUGAGAGCGAUGAUGAUCUAGAUGAAAAGGGACCUAUUAAAAGGGAACGUUCUCUUAGGCCAUACAGCUGUUACCAACCAGCUAGCAAACAGUCGCUAAGCAUGGACAAGCCUAAUACAGUGGCUAUCAGCAAAGACUCUCCCUGCAUAUCACGAGAGCACCGACGUGAACAGCCCUGUGGAUUGACCAAUCAGUCGCGAAGUACAGAAUCUCAGCCUUUCUCCCCAGUAUCAGAGGCCCCUCCUAUUCCACCCAGAAUCCCUAUCAAAGCUCCAAGUGUUCCACCUCCUCCUCCUCCUCAUCCUCCAUUUUCUGUCAAGAGUCCUCCUCCUGGAAGUGCAGCCUUUAUCUCGGACAGCCCUUCAACUAAGAAACGACCACCUCUACCGCCACUGACAACCAAGCAUAAACGGACAUUAUCUGAACCCACACCCAGAGUACCUCAUAGUCCACUAAAUCGCAAGCAAUCCUCAUUUGAAUCUACUCCACCAUCUAGUCCGCCUCCUCCAGUGGUGGAUAGAUCUUCGCCAAGGCCAAGCGUGCAGUCUCCAAAGGUAUCACCUGGUCUUCAUGCUCUUCCUGAAUUACCAGAGACAGUAGAUCAGAAGAAACCUGAACAAAUCUACGCCAUACCCAGAAAAUCCCAAAAUGUUGCAGAGGUCAGCCAGAAAUCACCAUGGCCCACUACUUCACCUGUGAGGUCUUCCUUUGCUGAACCAAACAAUGAUGUCUAUGCUGUGCCUGGAAAUCCAAUACCACUUCCCCGGAAAAUGAAUAUGGCAAAACCCAAAAUUCGUAGAGGAAGAGCCAUUUACAACUGCACAGCAGAUCAUGCUGAUGAGCUUACAUUCAAAGAGGGAGAGAUGAUAGUAGUUACCGGAGAGGAAGAUCAGGAGUGGUGGAAUGGCUAUAUAGAUGGGCAACCUCACAGAAAAGGUCUUUUCCCAGCAUCUUUUAUCCAGUUACAAACAAGCUAACAGAUCUUAUCCUUCAGUCUGGGCAAUUAAAGAGAGGGAAGACCAAUCUCAUUCGCUUCAUCUGUAUCAUUUACUUCUUGGAGUUUGAAGCGUCUAUCAAUUUUACUGAAAGGUAGUCGUCAUUUGAAACUUGUUUCUAAUGACCAUGAACAGUGAACCAGUUCUUCUAAUGCAGUGGCUCUUCCGAGGGGGAAAGUUACACUGGUGCAUUAGGCAGUUCCAUAAAACCUGAAUACAUGGUUUACCUUCAGGAAAGAUCCAGAUUGCUGUUUUAAAGCAGGUGGCUGUUUAAUUAAUGUUGCCCUGAGUGUAUGCCUUACUGUAUAAUGCUAAUGUAUGUUGGUAUUUUAAAAAAAAAGUUUCCAAGUAGUGAUAUUAUUCAGUUAUAAAUGUUUAAAAAUUUUAAAUGGUCAUCAAAAACCACUCUCGUGAAUUAGCCAAAUAUAUAUAUAUAUAUAUAUAUAUAUAUUUUAUAUAUGAAAAGUCCUAUUGUUAGAAAUAGUUGUGCGUGGAGAGGUGAACACAUGACCACACUGUCCGGUGGCAAUCAUUUAAAGAGGAUAAGGGAGCAUCUCUCAUACCAGUUUCUGCUUUCUUUAUUGCCACUUCAGAAUUUUUUUUGAGCAACCAGCAAUUAUGACAAUCCAUGAUGGGAAACAGCCUCCAGUAGAUGGGGGAAGGAAGCAUGUGACAAGCUGAUGGAAGAGUCUAUGUGUUUUAUCUUUAAAGAUGGCAUGUAAUAAUUUAAAAAUGCUAACUGUUCAUGAUAAAACAUUUUAAUAAAAAAAUUAAUUCCUUUAGUUUAUUUAAAAUAUGAUAGUCUCUAGACUAUCAAACCCAGUUCAGAUUUGUGUUUACCAUGUAGUAAAUGUGCUUAUGUGUAAGGACUGAAAUUCAGAGUAUCUAAAUCAUGAUCAAAAUUAGAAACAUUUCUCCUACUCCAUUCCUACUCCUUCUAAAUAUAUGCCAGGAAGGAAGGGAUAGAUUGUGUUGAUUGAUCUUAGCUUAUAAUUGUGAAUGCCUGCAUAGAUGUUUAAUGAAUGAAUUUAUACAAGUGAACUACCUCUUUGGAGUGUGAAAUAAAACAGAAAAUGCUGGAAUUACUCAGUGGGUCUGGCAGCAUCUGUGGAGAGCAAAACAGUUAAUGAUUCAAACCAAAUAUGAUAUUUCUGUUCUCAAGAAGAGUAUUCAACUCAAAACGUUGACUCCGUUUCUGUCUUUACAGAUGAUGUCAGAUUUCAGGCACCUUUUUUUCCUUCAGAUUUCCAGCAGCCGCAGUAUUUUGUUUUCAUUUUUGGAGAGUGAAUUGCUUUUCCUUUUGAAAUUGGUACAAAUCUCAGCGACAGAAUAAGGAGUGCAUCAGCACCACCUAGAGUUUGAACAAAGCAGUCAUGAAGGUGACUUCUACACAUUGCAGACACUUUGCACAAACAUCGUCUCCUAUCAAUUCGACUCAAGCAUAAAUUGCGACUUGCUAUCGCCUUCCUCCUUCCUCCAGGCUUAAAAGAUUUUGGCUUCAUAAAAAGAGACAAGUUUGUUAGUGGUAAAUGUGUUAUUAAACAAUUAAACCAAACAAUCAAAUAAUCAUCAUUACUGCCAAGUGAACUGGUAACAGUGUUAGUCACAAUGUGAAUUUGUUCAGUUUUAGCUCACUGUUAAUUUGAUCUGAAAAGUAAAAGAAAAAUGUUGAUCCUGUGUGAAGUGACGAUUAGAUGACUUAUUCUAGAUUGGAACUACCUUGGAAAGCAUUGAUACUUUGAAUAGUCUAUCCAUAAGGCCUCUGCCUACCUUUCCCAACACCACCAUGUGAAAUGUCUAUUGCAAUUACUGCAACUGUGUAGAUGCUGCAGUGAGAUUCACAAUCGCUUGCUUUGUUCAAGUAAGGCUGUCAGUGGUUUUGAAUAAAAAUGGAAAGCAAGCAAAGUUAAGGUCAGUAUGACUGGAACAGUGCAAUCUGAUACGAGAAAAAGUAUUAUUUUUUGAUUUUUAAUUAUGCUCGAUGAAAGAAAUCAUUCCGGAAUUCUGAUUCCUAUUCUUGGCUACUGUGUGAUUAUUCUCUUUCGUGUACUUUAAAGGUGUAUACCACCUUAAUUAUCAUUGUGAAUAAAUGGCAAACUCAGUUAAUUACUUAA